GCCGCCUGGACCUCCCGCCCCCGGGACUGCCAUGGGGCGGAGGGGGCUGGCCCGCCCCUGCUCUCUCUGGCUCUGCCUGGCCCUCUCGCUGCUCGCCGGAUCGGCCCACGGGGACCCGUUGGGGAGCAACCGCUCAGGGGCCACCAGCAGGCGCCCCCGGAGCUAUAACCAUCUGGAGGGCGACGUGCGCUGGAGACGGCUGUACAGCACCACUCACUUCUUCCUGUGCAUUGACAGCAGCGGCAAGGUGCAAGGCACACGGUGGAAGGAAAGUCCUAACAGCAUCCUGGAGAUCCGGUCAGUGCGAGUGGGUGUCGUAGUCAUCAAAUCCGUGCACACGGGCUUCUACCUGGCCAUGAACAAGAAGGGGAAAGUAUACGGGUCGAAGGAAUAUAACCCCAACUGCAAGUUCAAAGAGCGCAUCGAGGAGAACGGCUACAACACCUACGCCUCGCUACACUGGCACCACGGGGACCGCCACAUGUUCCUGGCCCUCAAUGGCCAGGGCAGGUCCAGGCAGGGGGGCAAGACGCAGCGCCAGCACCUCUCCACUCACUUCCUGCCCAUGCUUGUCUCCUGAGACGCACACAGCUGCCCUAUACCAAGUCGGUUGGGGUUUAUAUGUUUUUUAAAAGGACUUUUUUGUGCUAUUUAUUAUUUUUUGUAAUGAAAAA